AUGGCCAACAACCUGGAUCUACUGCACAUCGAUGUGGAUCGACUGUUUAAACAACAUAAUGUGACAGAAAUCGAUCUAGUACACAAGCGACUCCUGAACGAAAUAGAGUUGAAACGUGAAGAACUUCGCACGAUGGUUGGAGAGCGCUAUCGUGAUCUGCUGAAGGCUGCGGACACGAUCGGCGAAAUGAAGCAGACGGCGAGUUCAAUUAUUGGUAAUGUCGACCGCAUCACUUCCCGGUGUGAACAGUUGAACCACCACAACCUAAUCGGGUUCCGCACCAGCAACGAUUACCAGCGGUUGCAGAAAAAGCAUCGAGAUCACAACUUCCACGGCGUAAUUGUGCAAAUCAAGCUGCUAACCAGCCUGCCCGAGAUGAUUUGGAGCCGUAUCGAUCAGGAAGAUUACUUCGUCGCCACGCAGCUGUUCAUCUUUGCCCGGCACAUUUCGACGGGUCUCAGCUUGGACACGGAGCGGGAAACCAUGCAUAAAUUUCCCGUCGCUGGCAAACAGUGGCAAGUGUUAAGUCAGUUUUUCUUCACUAUCGAGCAAGCUUGCCAUGACUCGCUGAGGCGCGAGGAGCUUUCCGUUACCGUGGCAUCUAAAAGUCUAGCCAGCUGGCUGCUGCUUGAAUCUUGUCCGGUGGAGCAAACACUCGACAUGUUUGCGGAACGCCGUUCGAAAGCGUUCCUCGAGGUCCUGGACGAAAGCGGAACUGUCUACGAGAAGGUGAAGGACAAGCUGUUGGCCAGCCUGAAAGUACUGAUCGGUACUGUGCGCUUGUUCUUCGAAUGUUUCAUCGACGAUGGCACGGCAAACGACGGAGUGGGCGGUUUACAGCGCGAACUACGACGCAUCACCGGAGAUGACGCCGUUCCAACGAUGCGUCUCAUUCGAACAGAAGACCCGAUGAUCAUGCAAAUGGUGCCAGAAAUGAUUGCAAAAUUUCGCCCACGAUGCGAACAGGUUACUUUGUCGGAACAAACUGUUUGUUCCGCUGUCGCUUCCUUUCUAAAGAACGGCAUCGAAACGACCGUCGCCAGUAGGCUGCAGCGGUUAGUCAGUAUCGUUCCGUCGAUAAAAACACUUCACGAUAUGAAGACACAGGCGCUCGCUUUGGAAAAACCCCUCAACUGGGCCAACAUCAUCACUCGGCUACGAUUGCCAGAGGGGAGCGAUUUUUAUGCCACGUUCUAUCAGCGUCUCAUUAACGAUCGCAUGCAGUGCAUCGUCAAGUCGGUCUGGACGGAAACGGUCCACCAAACGCAGGUGGAUGUGAUGGCGCUUCUGGAGCAAGAUUCUGUCGACCUAAAGGCAUUUGUAUGGAAAGAAUCGUUCGACGAUAUGCCGGUGAAUCUGAAAAUGGCCCUCAACCGCUCCAAUCCAUCCGGCCGGAAGUUGAUGAUGAAGGCCCGAGGCUAUACACCGGGAUUAGUCGCCACGAUCGAUUCUCUCAAUGUACGAUUGCAGACGCUCACGCGUGAUGUCGAACUGUUUCUCUCCACUUCCAGCCGGUCCGAGGUGGACCAAGUGCUCGUUUACUUCCGGCAGUGCUGUGUCGAUGGCAUUGCCGAGUUGGUAACCGCCAUCAAAUCGACACAGUUUGAAGCAACCACCGAGCGGUACGCCCUGCUGGCAAGAUAUCUCAUGGCAGUGCGUGAACUCUGUCCGGCGCUUCGAGAAUGCUUCAUACCUACGUCCGCCGGACUCAACGAUAACUGGCUACUGCUUCCUGGACGAAAAUCAUCGUCUGCCAUCGCAGUAUCCGAGGAAGAUCCAGAGCGAUGGGCCAAGGUUGCCGGUCUGCUAGAGGACGAGAGCUUGCGUUACUGGAGACUGUGGGUGGAGAAGUUGUGCCAAUCCUGGCCUGCACUGACGCCCGAAGUCGGCUAUGGUACAUUGUUGAACGAGUUCCCGAUAUGGGAGACGGUGGCGAUCGAGGAGAACGAUGAAAAUAAUCAGCCGGUUCAAUCAACCAUCCGUGUACCCUCGCAGCCGAGUUUUUCCGUGCAACGAUAUCUGCACCACGUGCACGCGCUGUUGAACGAAGCUAUUCCGCAAACCAUCCCGCGACCGACGAUGUUGGAAAUCGCCGAGCGGCUUGCUAACCUGCUGAUGCAACACUACGGCGUCCUGGCCGAGGAUGAAUUUGUGAAGCAAAAUCAAACCGUCGCCCUGCAGUUCUAUUUUGACGUGCGGUUUCUUCAGCUCAUGCUGAUCGGACGCGAACAGAAACAACUACACGAUCGCUUCAACGGCUUAAUCGGUCGCUUCAAGGCACACAUUGAUCCAUUCGAUUUCGACGUGUUUUACGUGCACGUAAACGCCAACGUCAAGCGAUCGGCCGCCAAACUUCAGCAUUUCUUGGGAGCGCUGGUAUGCCAUGGCGAACAACUUGCCACGAUGGUGGAGAGUGGUCCUGCCUCGGUCGCAUCUGGCGCAUCCCUGCUCGACAAAAAUCCAAACAUUCUUACGCUUAGCUGCAACAGCAUGAAUCUGGUGUGGUUCCCUAUGCUGCCCAUCCUAAGUAAGGAUACGACAGCUGCGAUGGCUUCCGCUGGACCGGGUUCCAGUUCAUCAAGCAGUGGAAACAUGAAGAACUACAAAAAAACAACGACCAUUGAUGGGGCGGAGACAGGAAAAUCUUCUCUGAUCGCUACCGCUUCGAAGUCCUCCUCCAAGGAACCCUCUGCGGCCAGCACUUCGGCGGCAACUGCGCAAAACUACGCCAAAGGAGCGGCCGCAUUCUUCGGUCUCGACAAGGAUUGGUUCCGAUGAACAAUCGUGGAAGGAAAGUAAUGGGCGUAACGGUU